UACUUAGUCGAGCCAGUUGUCCCCCCCCCUCCCCCGUCCCCUGUUUAAAUGCAGCUAGGACGGCGAGAAAAGCCCACGUUUCACAUUUCUCUGUCUAACUAAGCCAACGGCCGUUAGCUAAGUAAAUUAGCGUAGCCUCCUGCUACGAUAACAGUACAUCAUUGCCGAGAAAGGCGCCUGGUUGAGCUGCGAAGGGCAAAGCGCACGCUGCUUGUACGGAGCUACGGAGCUACCCAGCCACCCAGCCAGGAGCCGUCUCGUCUAACCAAAGCUGCCGCCAAUAUUCUGCGAACACUAUUGGGCACUGCAGGAAAGUAAAAGUCACGGAUUCUCAUCGGCACAAUGGCAAGACCUUCGAGGAAUAAGCGAGUGGUUGACUACGCUCAGUUUCAGGAGUCUGAUGAUGCUGAUGAAGAAUACGAAGGGGAUUCUGACCGACCGAAGAAGGCAGUGAAACACAGUGAUGAGUCCCGGUGCACAGACCGCAAGAAGGACUUGAGUGAUGACGAUAAUGACUAUGGCGAAGAGGAGGAGGAUGACGACGGCGGUGACAGUGACUAUGAGGCUAAAAAGAUUAGCAAGGGAAGGCAGGCGACGGCUAAGAGGAAAAGAGCUGAAGUUGACAGCGAUGAUGAUAAAGUGGUGAAGAAGAAGGGUCGGCAGGUGCGGCAGGCUGCCAGUAAAGCAGUCUCUAAACAGAGAGAGAUUCUUCUUGGGGAUGGUGGUAGUGAGGAAGAAGAGGCAGAGGAAGAAGAAGAGGAAGAGGACAGUGAUGUCUAUACAGGAGAGGAUUCGGGCAGCGAUGAAGACUUCAUGGUUGAAGACGAUGACGACGACAGUGAUUAUGGGCGACCCAAAAGGAAGAAUUCGAAAGUCAGCAGGAGGAGGAGCAAGGACAAGAAGAUAACAAAAUCAAAAAUAAGAACUUCAGUGAGCAGAGGGCCGAGGAAGAAGCGAGGGAAACGGCAGACAAAGGUGAAGAGAGUUGUGUCGAAGAAGGUUGUGCGUAAAGGAGAGGAUGAAGACGUCGAGAGUCCCAGGGAGGAAGAAGGAGAGGAGGAAGGGCAAGACGGAGAUAAGAAAGAUUCACCCCCAGCCAAGAAAGCGCAAGAGAGUGCCGCAGAAGGGGAGGACAACAACGACGGCGAGGAGAAGGAGGAGAAAGAGAGCGAGAAAGAGAAAGAAGAAAAGGACGAUGUAUCCGAGGAGGACGCUCCAUCAGGUGAAGACUGAGCGUCUUUUCCCUGAUUGGGGGGGGAUGUUUUACCUGUUUUUUUUUUUUUUUUGUCUUUUCUUGAUGUGGAACAGCGGAAUUUAUUUUCCACAGUGCUCCGGGUGUUUUGGAUGUUUUGUUUAUUUCUUUCAUCUUGUAAAUACAAUAUUUCAGAAAAGAAAAACUUUCUGUGAAGUAUCAUUCACACUAUUCUAAAAAGGUAUCGUUUAAAAACCCAUUUCGCUUUCUCAACAUGACUGGUUACCUAUAUUAAUAUUGGUCAUUGCCUCAAAUCUAGCGUUGUUGUUCUUUUUUGCUAAGUUCAUCUUUAUUGGAUUUCUGCUACUAGCUACAAAGCAAAGGGGAACAAUUCUGAAACCCCUUCAAGACUUAUGUACAAAGCUGAAAUUUACAUUUGUGAUGAUUUCACUGAAGAUCCAGCAUCACAACCCCAUGAAGAUUUUCAGAUGCAAAUUUGUCAUCCUAUGAAUAUUAGGAUGGUGAUUUACUGUCUUGUUGGGAAUGUAGACUUGUGGAACAACGCUGCUGUUUCCACUCGUCUAGUAAGACAUGGUGAAUUACCGCCGACAGGUAUCUGGUGUUGGAGAGCGAAGAGUGUUGUAGUUCGCCCCUGUGUAAUAAAACCUCUGAUCUAACUGUUAAGCGCUUUGAUCGAGCAUAGCUGUGCUGUAAGGACAGUGAACAGGUUUGUGACUCAGUUUUAUGAUUCAGUGAAUGUGUGCUUACGAUUUGUGUCUUUGAGCUGCUCUGUGGAUUUGUAUGGCUCCAACACAGCCAGUGCAGUUCCAUCUGACCAGUCCCAGUGCUACAUGAAUAUGUAAUGUUUCAUAGCCUUUAGCCAUAGGUUGCCACUUUAUCUGACAGGGUUUUGUCGUGUAGAUAAGUUGGAUUUAUAUUUUUUCUCCCCACCCGUCCAAUGUUUCUGAUCUUUUACUUAAAAUUUUAAACACAGGACCUGUUCAGUUCUGAAUUGGUCCAUAUGUAGAUGCUUUUCAGAACACAAUCAAAAGCUAGUCGAGUUUUGGCUUGAAAUCAGUCGGAGACCUACUUUCCAAAUUGAUCGUAGUAAAAAAGGUGCUGGAAACGAGUAGAGAACCACGUGUCACCAUGAACGUUCGCUAACCGUUUGGGUGGUGUUAACAUUACAGUGCUUUUUUUUUUUUUUUUUUUUUUUUGAUUUGAGAAUUUCUGCAGCUUAAACAUAGCCUAUGAUUGCAUUUUGUUAUGGCUGUGAUAAACCUCUUUGUCAUGGGAUGGUAUAUUCUUACUCGUGUGUCGCACCAUAUGUUCAGACAGUGUGACCGAACAGGUAGCGUGUGAGACGAUGUGGGUGUCCUGAAGAAGGAUGUAAGCCUUUCUCAGAAAGACUGAUGUGAGAAGAGAGCUAGUGACAAACUUAUUAUUGACUUUGUGAUGCUCCGUAUGUGUAUUUUUUAAGUAUUUUGAUGCUUAUAGAUGCCUUUCAGAUGACCUGUCUGCUGAGCCAGCUGAGCGGUCCGACAGACUGUAAUUCAGUGCACACCAUCCAGAGCUUUCUCAGCAUCUUUUGUCUGUUCUCAUGGCUCCUAUCUUUGUCCUAUUAUGUAGCCUUUCGAUCUAUAUCAUAAUUUAUCUAAAACAAUUUUGUUUUAAUUAAGCUAUUCUGAUUUUUGGAAUAUUUGUUUUACAAGGAAAAAAAUAAAAUGUAUCUUGCCUUUAAAGAAU